AUGGCUUCAGAGCCUACAUAUCACCCGGUGAAGGCUCUGCCGUCUGAACUUCGCCAUUACUGCACUGCCUAUCUAGAGGAAAGACUUUAUUCACAAGCCCUCAGUCUCUUAUCAAGAAUCGUGUCCUCUAGCUCUACUGCUUCCGGGAAUGUGUUUACCCCGCCGGCGCAAUACCUCGCCUUAGCAGCAACGUUGACCGUACAUCCAACUACCACCACCCGAUCCAAGUCAGAAGAGUACCUAAAUGCAUCCAAUUCAGCUCUACAUUUACUAAAACUAGUCAAUAAGGUUGCAGGGCCCAUUGGCGGCCAGUUUAGGGAUGCGUUUAUCUUCGAUCGCUUUGCCAAUUCGCGAAAUGAGGGCCGGUAUGCAACAGAUGGCGAAUCGAAUUGGAGUGGUACUAGUCAUGCACACGUUGAACCAUUGAAUUUGGAUAUUGCGCAAGGAAACUCCCUCUGGUCGCGAGCGGAAGACUUUUGGCAUGUUGUAGGGUGGGCUCUUAACUGCUCUAUACUGCACCCCAAGCGAUGGGCCCGAUGGCACCUCUUUUUGCAGUUCAUGUGCGAUCUCCUGGAGGAUGACUGGAAGGAGAGGGAGAAUCAGUUUAAAGCUACCCCUGUUACCGACACAACAUCGAAGCGGGACUGUUCGGUCCUCACGGAGAGCCUGAUAUUCAGCUAUAUAUCCACAACUUCGAGCUACACAGGGCGUGACAGGAGAAUUUUAAGGGCCGUUUUUGCCGAUGGUUCCCAAUCAUCAACUAGUGAAUUCAGAGAAAUUUUCCGUAACGAAUUACGAGAGUUCACAAAGGAUAACGCUCAGACUUCUUCAAGAAGAAAAGGAGAUAUUAAUAUCGACGAGGAUAUCUAUGGAGACUACCUUGACAACCCUGAUUUCGAGGAGGACGAGGAAGAUGACUCUAUCCACAAAACCUCCGGUGGCCCUGAUAUGGUUGAAUCCAGAGUAAAACGUCAGCGGAGGGCUACAAAGAAACGAGCCGGGCAAGAUGAACUUCCUUCCGAGCAUGAGGACGACGGCCCGAUUAGUGCUCAGUACGACAGAUUAGACCAUUUGGGCAACUUACAGUCUCUCACUAUCCGCCAACGGUUCCUACACCUUCUCUCUUGUGUUUCAGACGCUAUACCGGAGCAUUACAUAUCGCUGGAUAAACUAUACUCAUUCUAUGUUGAAUUUAUCCGACACCUUCCACUCCCUACUUUCCAACUACUCGUCUCCCCAUCUGUGCUCACCCAUUUCCCUCCCGCCUGCCAGACCACUCUUUGCGAAAUGCUACUGUUUAGUAUUCUAGAGAAUGCCGCCCCUGCAUCGAAUGAAAACUAUCUAAGCCAAGGAAAGCUUGAGAGAUGUUUCCUUCCCUUCAUUGCAAAGACACAGAGCGUUAUUGAUAACGCGAGAGUCUCGCUCCUGCUUGAAUCUCUAAUUCGCCUUCUUGCAGCCAAUGGGUUGAUUUUUGCCAGACCCAGGCUAACAGACGCUGUUGCAAAAGGCAUUGAGGCUCGAUCAAAAAAGGCUCGGAACGACAUUAAAAGAGGCCAGAAUAAGAAGUUGACGGAGGAAUUUGGAUUGGUAUGGCUCAUAGAGAGUGGAGAUAGAAUGGUCUAUUUUGUCAACUCUCUCAUACCAAAGGAGCCACCUCCCGAAUACAUUGUUAUUGAGCCAUGA